AUGGGCAUUUGGGCUAUUCUAUUCCUUCCACUGCUUGUGGUUGGAAUUAGUGGAAUUGUAUACAUUUAUCGGAAAGUUACUCAGCUGAUGACAAAGUCUGCUGUGCGGAGCAAAGUUGUAGUAGUCACUGAUGCUCUGUCUGGUGUGGGCAAGGAAUGUGCACAAGUAUUUCAUUCAGGAGGAGCAAGGCUGAUUUUGUGUGGGAAACACCUGGACAAAUUAGAAGUUCUCUGUGAUGCUUUAAAUAGUGCAGCCGAUCCUACUAUAACAUUUACACCGAAGCUUAUCCUUUUAGAUCUCACUGAUGUAAACUGUAUCCAAGAUGUAGCUAAAGAAAUCCUGGAUUGUUAUGGAUGUGUGGAUAUUCUCAUUAACAACGCUAGCACAAAAGCCAAGGGGACAGUUCAAAACGUGUCACUGGAACUCGACAAAAAGAUCAUGGAUGCCAACUACUUUGGACCUAUAACACUCACCAAAGCUUUUCUUCCCAACAUGAUCUCCAGGAGAACUGGUCAAAUUGUACUAGUCAACAAUAUCCAGGGGAAAUUGGGUGUUCCCUUUCGUGCAGCCUAUUCUGCUUCGAAGCAUGCUGCUCUGGGAUUCUUUGAUUGCCUGAGAGCAGAACUGAAGGAAUUUGGUGUUUGUGUCAGUACUGUCUCUCCAAGUUUCAUAUGUUCUUAUCAUAAUCAACUGCAGCCUAAGAACUGUGAAGGCGCCUCAUGGAAAAACUUCUUCCGAAAGUCAGCUUAUGGUGUCCGCCCAACAGAGGUAGCAGAAGAAAUUCUACGGACCGUGAACCGGAAGAAGCAGGAAGUGUUCAUGGCAAACCCCAUCGCAAAGGCAGCUGUUUAUAUUCGCACUUUCUUCCCAGAGAUAUUUUUUGCUGUGGUUGCUGCUGGAGUGAAAGAAAAACAGAAAAUUGAAGUUGAAAACUGAUUGCAUCAAGUUCAUCUCCCUUGGUAAAAGGGUUAUGCCAAUUCUCUCUCGCAGAAGCUAGAGAGAGGCAUCUUGGAAGUAUGUUGUAUGAAUCCAAAUGAAACAAACAAAAAACCAAAAAAAAAAAAAAAAAACCCCAAAGUUAUGUUUAAGGAUCUGGAGGCAGUGGAAUAGGAUAUGGCUUUUUCAUCUAUCAUUAAAAGUGCACUGCUGGGCUAUGAAAGAGAGCAAAAGACAUUUUUUUCAGGGUGCCAAGUGAGUCAUCUGAAAUGGGGCCACUAGUUUCCUGGACAAUUUCAAGAGACUUAAUAGAAAGCAUGAAUUGUCUGCAUGUUGGGUGAAGUGUUCAGAAAAGGCGUGAAGAUCAAGAGAAUUGUAGACUAAUAUUGGAAAUUGAGGAAUUUCAGGAAUAGGGGAGAAUUUGAGUGAUGGACAUGUGGAAAAGAAAGAGAGAGUGUAGGAAGAAUAUGAGGUUCUGGUUUCACACCAGAGUGCAUGGAUCUUAGAAAGGAGAUUGGUUUGACAUUUGGGAAAUUCUCACAGGAAACAGAAAAAGGGUUCAUAGCCUUUGCCUUUUUGUGUGGUUAAUUGAACCUUUCAAAUCAGCAGUAAUGCUUGGUUUUUAUAGCUUUUAGUUCUGAAAAAUUAAGCAAAUGCCUGGAGUGGGUAUGAAACAUUCCAUGUUUCAAAAUGUUGCAUUGCUUUCAUUCCACAUGGGUAGAUAUGUCCAGUUUGGGGCAACUGCAUCACUUUUUAAAAAAUACAUGUCCUCAAGAUAGUGGUGGGGAGCAUAUGAUGAAAUGCUUAUCAUGAUGCUAUGACACACAUUUCAUGGUUUACCUGCUGGUGUCAGGUAAGACACCAGAACACAAAUGUAUAAGAACAGAUUAUGUAUCAUAAUGUUGGCAUGCGUGUGUUGUCAUUUUUAUAUAACCUUGACUUGUUGCAGACAAAGCACCAACCACCACUGGUAGAUUCAUGUCUUUGAUGAAUAUUGACACUGAUCUUCUCACACUGCCUCCUUCUCCUCAUGCAAUGCUACAGGUUCACAGAAAUCUCAUAAUGUAAAAACAUUUAGCUCUAAACACAAAAAUAUUUUUUGUUUAACAUUUUUAUCUUUGCUGUGCCAUUAUAGUAAUAGUACAAAGGCGACAGCAACGCUCAAAUUAUCUCAGAAAGGUACUCCACCUUGAAUUUGGAAUUAGGGACAGGCAUCACAAAUUCCAAGUCUUCUCUAAUGUUUCAAACUAGAAUAGAUUGGGAGUGGAUAUUCUGAGGAGGCUAGUUAUAAAUUCAGUACAUUGCUAAGCCUCCAACAUCUAUGUUGAUGUAUACUAUCUAUAUUGGUUAUACCUAUGAGGUGGUAUGAAAUUUUAUCGAUCAGAUGAUCAAACUAUGCAGUUUAUUGGGUUUUACAUUCUCAAGUGAUAUUUGUUGUGUCACACCUUCAGUCAGGCCCCCCACACCUGGACUGCAAAAAAGGGGGGAAAAGGCACUAAGCCAGCAACAAGGAGGCUGUAAAUUCUACUUUGGCCUUAGCCAUGAAAGCUGACUUUAGUCCAGCCACUCUCUCUCAGUCCAACCACCUCUCAGGGUUAUUGUUGUGGGGAAAAUAGGAAGAUGAAGGAGUAUUGUGUAUGUUGACCAUCUUGAGUUACUUAUAAAGUAAUAAAGACAGGAUUUUUAAAAAAUUGAAUAAAUAAAAUCAAGAUGAACACUAGAAAUCCACAAAGUAUUAGUGUUUGCUGCAUGUCUUUGUUGCCAUCCAGUGGUCUUUAGAAUUUUUGGAGCCCAAUUGGAAUAUUCCUGCAGCAUACAAUGUGUUCUGGGUCUGGCUUGACUCAAAAUAAUUGUUCCCCACAUAAGCAUGCUAUUUCCCCUUCUGCCCCCACCCCCACCCCACCAU